GUUCACCCUCACUGGGCGGAGCUACGCUACUUUUAUCCUUGACAGCUUGUAUUCAAUGUGGAUCCUGACGCGUACGCUGGUGUGUGGUUUAGUGGGGAGCCGAGGAAUCAGUAGAGCAAUGUGUGCCCAGGUAGGUGACUGGAAGACAGCCAAAUCCAUAUAUGAGUUUGGUGCCAAGGACAUUGAUGGUGAAGAUGUGUCUCUAGAGAAGUACAGGGGUUUUGUUUGCAUCAUCACCAAUGUUGCCUCUAAAUGAGGCAAGACCAGGGUAAACUACACUCAGCUAGCGGGAAUGCACGCCUCCUAUGCUGAGAAAGGUUUACACAUCCUGGGCUUCCCAUGCAACCAGUUUGGAGGGCAGGAGCCAGGUACCGAGGCAGACAUCAAGGAAUUUGUCAAAGAAUUCAAUGUUGAGUUUGACAUGUUCAGUAAGAUUGAUGUGAAUGGAGACAAUGCUCACCCCCUCUUUAAGUGGAUGAAGGAACAGCCCAAGGGCAAGGGAACCCUGGGAAAUAACCUCAAAUGGAAUUUCACAAAGUUCCUGAUAAGCCGUGAAGGACAGGUGGUGAAGAGAUACGGGCCAAUGGAUGACCCCAUUGUGAUUGAGAAGGACCUACCUAAAUACCUGUGAUGUCUGAGCCGUCGUCCAAUCUUUGUCUGACCCCUGACCUCUCAAGUGGCAUUGUGGAUAUUGGUGGGUGUGUCCUGGACCAGUGACGGCCUGUCUGUAAAACCGGCUUGCGGAGAGGACAGGCCUGAUGAAACUUAGCGUGCAACCUUCAGGACCACACACUAACACUGCUAGACCACAGGAGAGGACCAUGAGAGAGACACGCACCCACACCCAGUAGUGAAGGUUAGAGGUCCAGUGUACAAAAGGCAGUUGUAGCAUGCACUUCACCAGCGAAGGCCUCCACCCGUUUAACCUUAGUGGGUGGGACUUUCAGGAAUGAAUGUUGGAACUCACACCCACUUGAAUAUUAAAAUGGGUGAUACCUUCAAUUUUGAUAUCCCUGCCCUGUCACAAUUUAUUAGGGUAAAUACAAAGGGAUGUGUCCUCUAACCUUCAUUAUGACGCAGUUGCUUUAGCUUUAAGCGCUUAUUUUCCUGGCAAGGUACACCUUAACAAAGAUUUUCCCCUAUAUAGUAAUAUAAAUGUCUGUCUUGCUUCCUAUAAACCAUGUAACAAACUUAAUUUCUCAUGUCAUCUCCUAUUGUCUGUUUCAUGGUGUUAAUUUAUUUUGAUUGCUUUUCAUAGAAUAAAGAAUAAACUGGCAAACUUCUAAAACUG